AGUGAAGAAUCUUUAUGGCCGAAACCCUCUUCUGCAUAUCUGCUGUCGCCGUCUUCCCCGCUCUCCCUUCAGCUUAUUAUCCUUCAAUCAGACGGCAAAGGAAGAACAGGUAGAGCUAGUAAUUGGUUGAAGAAGCAGCAAGUUGAGUGAUCAGAAUCAUGGGUGACACAAUUGAUUUGACCGGGGAUGGAGGAGUCCUGAAGACGAUAGUACGCCAGGCAAAAGCUGAUGCGCUUGGUCCAUCAGAGAGUAUUCCGCUUGUCGACGUUCAUUAUGAAGGCACCCUAGCUGAAACUGGUGAAGUUUUUGAUACUACGCAUGAAGACAAUACUAUCUUCACGUUUGAAGUGGGCAGUGGAAGUGUGAUUAAAGCUUGGGAUGUUGCGCUCAAAACCAUGAAGGUUGGGGAAGUCGCUAGGAUUACGUGUAAGCCAGAGUAUGCCUAUGGCAGUGCCGGUUCCCCACCUGAGAUCCCCCCAGAUGCGACGCUUAUUUUUGAGGUGGAGCUGGUCGCCUGCAAACCUCGCAAGGGUAGUCUAAGCAGCACCUCCGACGAGAGGGCAAGGCUGGAUGAGCUGAAGAAGCAACGGGAAGCAGCCGCUGCAGUAAAGGAGGAAGAGAAGAAGAAAAGGGAGGAAGCGAAAGCAGUCGCAGCUGCUAGGGUUCAAGCCAAACUCGACGCCAAGAAAGGCAAAGGGAAAGGCAAAGGCAAGUAAAAGAAGAUAUUAUGUGGAGAUGGUUGUAAUAAAGCUCAAGUAGCUGCACUAUAUAGACUAUAUAGCAACUGCUCCCUCUUCAUAAUUUCUUCCACAAUGGUGAAAACAAGUUUAUCUCUAUGAACAUUUUUGCCAAGUUUGUACGUGUCAAAAAAAUUACUAUUAAAUAAGGCAAUAUUUUAAUAUAUAGCAAAUUCAAUGUUUACAGCACUA